AUAGGUUAUAUGUACUAACCUCUUUUACUUCCUCUUCUCAUUCUCUAACUGUGCAAGUCCCUUUUCAAUUAAUAAUUGAAAGUCGCGGAAAGUUGUAAAAUUUUAUUAACAAAGGAAAUAUUAAACCUCGUAAUAAAUAUUGAAAAAUUUGCUGCAAUAUGAGUGAGGAAGUAGCAGAAGUAGGUGCAAAACGCAAACGGUACAAAACGAUUUUAGAUCCAAAUUAUAAUUCAUCUAUGUUGAGCAUGAAAAGCGAGAGAGCCUGGUACAAAUCAGCAGAAGAGAAGUUAAGAAACAUAAAAGAAAGAAUGGCAGAAAAAUCCAAUGAUCAAGCACUAUUGAAAGAAGGAUUACAUGAAAAAAAGAUCAAAGACGAGUUGGAUGUAUUGCAUCAAGAUGAUUUAGAUCAUGGCAUAAACUGCAAUAAGUACGAUGGUUGUUCUACAGACGAUGAAACAGACGAUGAAAAUUUUCAAAAUAUGGCGCAUCAUAAUAACAAUUCUUGUUCUAUAAAUUUGGAAGAAACUCUAGUAAAAGAAAACAUACCGACGAGCAGAGAAGAAAUAUUACGAAAUGAUCCGACUAUUGUUGACAAUGGCCAAUGGUUUCAGUAUCAGAUUUGGUAGUACUAAUCAACAACGUGAAUGGCUUUUAGAAAUGUUAAAAGUCUGCGCAGGUUCAUCAUUUAAAGAUGUUAAAUUAUCGAACUAUAAGGUUUUUAAAUUAUGUCACACUCCUUCCGACAAGAUCGUUCAUCACUUUUAUUGUGACAAUUGCGAAAAAAAGAUUCUGUUUUAUAUUCUGGUUUUAAAAAAGAAGUAAAGGGUCAAAGAAAAGUUUGUUCAAAAUGUGAUAAAGAACAUAGUAUCGUUCUUAGCAAUACAAAUUUUUUUUUAUCAAUUGAUUUAGAAUAUCAAAUUAAUUUAUUAUUACAAAAUGAAGAAAUUGCAACAUUUGUCUUCGAAAAUUUUAAAAGUCGAGAAACUGAAGUCUUCGAUCCUAUAAUUUGUGAUAUUCAUGAUGGACAAUUACACAAAUCUAUUAUUGAGAGAGAUAGUAAAAUGUUAACGUACGUACUUAGUACAGAUGGGGCUCCUCCUUUUAACAUGUCGAAACGUUCAUUUUGGCCCUUGCAAGUAAUAUUGAACUUUUUGCCUCCUCAUCUUCGAUUUAAAUAUGUACUACUUGUUGGUAUAAUGAUUGUUCGUCAUGAGCCAAAACCUGACUUAAUGAAUCUAUUUAUCAAAAAGUUUGUAGAACAAACGAAGCAUUUACAAUCAGAGGGUAUACAAGUUAAAGUUCCACACCAUGACAAAUAUAUUUUACUGAGAUUUGGACCUGUUUGUGUCGUUGCUGAUUCUAAAGCAAGAUGUGUAUUGCAGAAUAGAUUCCAGUAUAAUGCAUAUUGUUCAUGUUCAUACUGCUAUCAUAUGGCAAAAUAUUUUUAUGGAGCGGGAAUAAGGUUUCCAUUUUUAGAGAAAGAACCAGAACUUAGGACACAUGAGACUCAUCUGACGGAUGUAAAGGAUGUUCUAAAACUUGGCUCCUCGUCUGUGCUAGGAGUAAAAGGCGAGUCAGCUUUUUUAGAUAAUCCUAUUAUUGAUAUGGUAUGGGGAUUUCCUCUUGAUUAUGUUCACAACGCAGUUUUAGGUGUUAUUGUACAAAUGUGGAACAACUGGAACAAAGAAUAUCUUGUUCCUGCUGAGCGUAGAGAAGUCGACAAAUUGCUUCUUCAAAUUCAACCUCCUCGUGAUUUACAUAGAGUGACUGAAAAAAUAUCAGAUAAAAGUUUGUGGAAAGCGAUGCAUUGGAAGUCUUGGCUUCUGUACUAUUGUUUGCCUAUUAUGUCCAAAUUUUUACCACUCGAAUUGGUAGAAAAAUGUGCCUUAUUCGUAAAUUCAAUUAAAACUUUGCUGCAAAUAAAAAUUACAGAAGCGGAAUUAGCGAAAUGUGAAGAAGAUUUGUUAAUAUUUGUUGGUGAUUAUAACGCAUUGUACGGUGACAAUAACAUGACAUUCAAUGUUCACAUUUUAUUACAUGCUGUUCAAUCUGUUAGAAUGACUGGUCCCCUUUGGUCCACAUCAGCGUUCCCCUUUGAACAUAAUAUUUUCUGUUUAAAAAAUACUAUGAAUGGGCAAAAAAGUAUAGAACAACAAAUGUCAUCAAAGUCACUGAAACUACUUUCGUACAAACUUGAACCACAGAAUCCUAAUGUUUCUAGUAUUGUUCAAGAGUAUUGUAAAAAUAUUUUUAACUCUAAAACUGUAACUGACAGCGCUUUUACAUUUGACAAUUAUACAUUUUUCGGACCACAUUUAAAAAACAAGUUUCAGAAGGAGUUGGAAUUUGAUAGGUGUAUAAUUAACAAUCGAAUUUAUUGUAGUACAAAGUAUAAUAGAUCGAAGAAAUUCAACGACACAAUUGUUAUUUUGAGAAAUGGGACAAUUGCACAAAUUACGGGAAUAAAGGUAAUAAACGGUGUAAAAAAAUAAAAACGGUAAUAAACGGUUGGUUGGAAUUGAGAGAACUAGUUCUUAAACCUUUUUCUGUUGGAGAAGUAAAAAUCGACCAUAUUUGGGAAAUUACGAAAAAUAUUCAACAUGUAGAUAUUCCAUUGACAGAAAUUGAAUCCAAAGUUGUAGGCUUAGAAUUUGUGGAUAAGCAAUAUGUAUGCCAAAUUCCGAACACUAUUGAGGCUCAGUAAUUGUAUGGAAAUAUAUAUACAUUUAUAUUUCAUUCAAUUUAACUUUAAAUAAAAUAAAUUGUGCAUUAA